AUGGAUCCCACCACACCCACCAAUAACGGACCUGAGGAAGAGUUCAAGACGGUAGAAGCCCCUCAAUCGAGUCCCCCUCCUCCUCCUGUGAGGGUGGUGAAUCUCGUCCUAGACCACUUUGCAUUUGUCAGAGGCAUUGGAAACGUCAAGAGAUGGUUCAACAAGGAGUACACUGAUAGCAUCCUAGAGGACAAGAGUGAUACAAGAGUCGUUCUCAACCUCUAUAUUCCCACUUACACUCUCCACGAGUUCGAGUUUGCCAAGAAGGGAACUACCAUCACAGCUUCCUACGCCAGAGAUGCACUCAAGCUUAUCGACCAGGUUCUCGAUCAAGAGCAGUCCGUGCCUUCUUUUGGUCCAGAGGAUGGGGAGGCUGCCCCUGAGAUACCCAAGUUCACAUACAACUUGCUUCUUGAACAGCGGAAUUCCAGCUAUCCUUACUGGGACAGAUGUCUCAAGUACCAGGUGCAGCCGCCUAAGGUGAAAGACUUUCCAUAUCAUAAAACCAAGCUUGCCAAUACUGUUUUGGGACGUCCGAAAGCCCCAGAUGCUGAAGAGGAGAAAAAGGAAGCCGAAGAGUUGGCGUCAGUGCCUCCUCGUUUGAAGCAUUUGAUUCGCUCCUGCGUUUACAAGAAGUACAUUGACCCAUUCCACCCCGAGUUUGAGUUCAACAAUGGUGCUCAAUGGAAGUUGGUUACUGAAGAUGCUGUGACAAAGGUCUGGUUGUCGAGCUUCGGUAUCGACUGCUUGAAUGUGAAUGAGGCAGAGCUUCUCAUAUUCCAGUCUGACGAUGUUACCGGGUUCAAUCUUCAGGCACCAGGGGAGAAUUUCAACUCGCAAAAAGACAGGUAUGACGCUGUCGAUCGGGGUAUCUUGCAUCAGUGGGUUGACACUACAAAAUAUGAGUAUCUGAGUGUUGGUGGUGAUAGACGCAGAAAACCAAAAGAGAAAAAGGCUAACGGCACCGAGAACGAAAGCAAAGCUCUUGGGCCCAUUCAUCCCGAUGAGGUGAAGGAGGAGAAGUUCCACCAGAUCAACUACGCUCCUCGCAGCAGACCAGCUGGAAGGAAGCUAUACGUGCCAAAGAAGUGA